GGCGGCCGUUGCCGGCGCGCGCCGGGAGGGGGCGCUGCGGCGGGGGCGGCGCGGGGCGGGCGCGCGCGGAGGCCGCUCUGGCCGGCGCUCGGUGCCCGCCGUGCCCGCGGAGGGAGGGCCCUCGCCCGGCGAGUGGCCAAUCCGGGCGGGCGCUGGCGGCGAGCAGGGGCAGAAUGGGCUGUAGUUGAGCGAAAUAGGGAAAGCGGCGAACAGUGUGGAGCGUUCCCGGUGUAAAUAAAAGGGGGGGCGAGAAAAAAAAAAAAGUUUGUGGAAGUCGCCGCCCUGCAGCCUCGCUCGGGCAGUGGCGCGGGGGCUUGUGCGGCGCGGGAGCCCGGCACGAAGGACUUUAGUGCGCGGCGUUAAGACGCUCUGCCUAUUGUUUGUGUUUUUUUCCAAAAUAUGGCAAAGGUUCAGGUGAACAAUGUAGUGGUGUUGGAUAAUCCUUCUCCUUUCUACAAUCCUUUCCAGUUCGAAAUCACAUUCGAGUGCAUAGAGGACCUGUCUGAAGAUUUGGAAUGGAAAAUAAUUUAUGUGGGUUCAGCUGAAAGUGAAGAGUAUGAUCAGGUGUUAGAUUCUGUUUUAGUUGGACCUGUUCCUGCAGGCAGACACAUGUUUGUAUUUCAGGCUGAUGCACCUAACCCAGGGCUUAUUCCAGAUGCAGAUGCAGUAGGUGUAACAGUUGUGCUAAUUACAUGCACUUACCGAGGUCAAGAAUUUAUUAGAGUUGGCUACUAUGUAAACAAUGAAUAUACUGAAACAGAACUGAGAGAGAAUCCACCAGUAAAGCCAGAUUUUUCUAAGCUUCAAAGGAAUAUUUUGGCAUCUAAUCCUAGAGUCACAAGAUUCCACAUUAAUUGGGAGGACAACACUGAAAAACUGGAAGAUGCAGAGAGCAGUAACCCAAAUCUACAGUCCUUGCUUUCCACAGAUGCAUUACCUUCAGCAUCAAAGGGGUGGUCAACAUCAGAAAAUUCACUAAAUGUCAUGUUAGAGUCUCAUAUGGACUGCAUGUGACUAACCAGCAUCCUUUUGGUACUGUAUAUGUGUUAAACUGUAAAAACUACCAGAACUAUUUCCCUCAAAUUCCAUAAGUACAUAGUUGAAGCAAUGUGAAGAACUUGUUUUAAAACAUCCUGUAGAAAGUUUAUAAAAAAAAAGCAAAAAAAACCCAACAAACAAACAGUAUUUGAGCAGAUUGUGAAAUAUAAAUACAACUAUUUUUAAGUAAUUGCCUUUUUUUUCUAAUGUGUUAUUCUAUGUGGUCUAAACUAAACCUGAUUAAAGUAUAUGUAUUCUCUCCCCUCCCCCCUUACUUUGUAAGCACUAUUAAAAGCUAAAAAAAAGUUUCAAAGUUAAAACAUUCAGGCAAAAUGAAGGAAUAAUGCCAUGCCCUCAUCUCUGCUAUCCAGAUUGCCAAAUAUAAAGUGCCCUUUAAUAGCAUCUUAAGAACAAAACUGUCACUAGAUGAAGUGCAAAGAAAGUAAGUAUCUCUUAAUAACAAACAAAAAAGUCCAAAAACGUCCUUUUGCUCUGAAAGCAGACAGCACAGUAUAAUUUUAGGUGCAAGCUUCUUGUCCUUUCAAGGCACAUACUUGUUACUUAAAGCCUGCAAUUUGAGAUUUACCAUCUGCUAUCUUGGAUUUUAGGACUUUUUUUUAAUCUCCUGCUGCUGCUUAGUCUGUGGUUUUGUUCAGGACCGUGUUUCAUGUGGACUGGGGUGGGUACCUCAGGAAAGAACCCUUUUUUAGCCCCGCUAAAUACCAUACACAAGUGGUUGGAAGGAUGCAAGCAAUUACUAGAAGAUUCUAAGCCUCAAAAGCAAUAGUGUGAACAUCCCAAAUAUGCUCUUCUGCAUGAUUAUUAUGCAUCACUACUGGUUGGUAUGUUUGUUUUCAGGCAUGCUUUAUUGUAGUCUUUGUCAGUAGUAGUAAGGAGUUUAGGGUGUGGGGGUUUUUUUUUGGAAACACCUGGAAUUUUAAACUUCUCUGUUUUUUCUCUAGCCUUUAAGGCAAUCCUAGUUACUGGUAUAAACCCUGUUGUGGCACACAUGACACUCAGAUGACACUCAGGAAUACAUUACUAGCCCUGAAGUGCUUGCAGUGAGACAUCCCUAGUACCUGAAGCAUCCUUGAAGAUAAAAGGAAGGGAGCAGUAACCAGUAAAGACUGAAGACAUUAUUAUGACACUUAAGAAUUUAGUAUUCCUUCCAAUCCUCAUUAGCCUUAUUUCUAUUUACUGUGCCUGUAUGUGCAUUUAAAUUGUAAUCUGUCAUGCCAGAUUACAGGAAUAUAGUUCUACUAUUUACUGGUCACUGCCCAAAUUAUGAACCCUUGUAGAUUUUGGGCCUUUCAAAAAAAAGGUAGAUUUCACGAUGAGUCACAGUGUAGCUCUAAAUGAAAAUAGAAUGCUUUCCAUUCUCUUUCUGCAUUCUCUAGUGGGGAUAAAGAUGUCCCAGACAGUUCUUCUGUCUUUCCACAUCAUUAGUGAAAUUGUCUGCAUUUCUAAUGUGUGUUUUUUAAACUGGAACGGAAUGACCAAAUCUAAAUAUUUUACUUGUAUAGAAGCUCAGCAGUACUUAUCUAGGGUAGAUGAAUGAAUUAAUGAAAUCCAUUAAUAUUUGGAGGCCUAGUUCUUAUAUGUGCUCUUAACAAUCUCUAAUUGUUUAGAAUGAUAACCAGAAAUCUAAGAAUAUUAACACUCGUCGGUAUGACUUAACACAAAGAACUGGUUUCCUCACCUAGCAGUUACUUCACUUGAGGGCUGAAAUUCUGUGAACUUUAUCUUUGAUUUUCAAUUAUAUUGAAGCUUUUAGGUCUGCAGUGACAUUUUGAGAUUUUUCAUGCACUUUAUGUUCUAUUUAUAAGUCUAUUUAAGAUAUCUCAUAAAUGUAAGCAUGUAAAUAACGUAGUUAUCUGCUGAAGGAUUGACAGGCUUGUGAAGUCUGCCUUGAAUUAAGGCUACUGUAGUAGUAUCUCAAACUCUUGCCUCUAUUGAAUAUUCAAAUGAAAACAUGAUCCAAGUACAAGCUGUAACCAGAACCCAUCCAAUGGUAGCAUGAAGGCUUUUUAGAAGCAUAUGCCACAAAGUGAUGGAAGCAAACCAUUAUUGCUGCUAUUGCAAAACCAACUACAUGAUUUAGUCAGCAAAACAAUCUCACCCAGCAAUCCAAUUAAUUUAGAGGAAUGGAAAAGCAAAGCUCUGUUAUCAGUCUAAAAAGUCAUCUGUGCAUGAGACCAUGGGUGCAAUAAACUUCAGGAUUGACUGGCAGGAUGCUGCAGUAGAGUUGGGCACCACCUUACCUAAUACACUCAUGUGGCCUGGAUAGAGCUGAGAGCUGACCCACCACUAGCAGGAAGAAGAAUACUGUGCUUGGUGAAAAUCUGAGAUGAACAUCCCUGCCUCAUGAUCUUUGCAAGAUAAAUGGCAUUUCUGUGCUUUUUGAAAGGCUAGGUGCCUCAGACAAGGUAACAUGGAUGAAAAAUGUGUGCAGUUUUUAUGUCGAGCUUUUCAGGUGUCACCUUCAAUCUGAAUUACUAUGACAUGUAAAUUUGAAGGAGGAAAAAUGGUUCCAGCUCCAUCAAAAUGGAGACUAGUGAAAUUUAAUAAUUCUAGUGGCUUUACAAAGCUCCACUGAAAAAGCCAAUCCUUACUACCAAUCUUCAACAAUGAAGCAACUAGGAACCUCGCUACAAUAAUCAUAGUAACUUAAUCUAUGGCUUACCAGAAACUGUAUUCUUGAGAUGGGAGCGACAAAGUCACAAAGAAAUCUGGUGAUCUGACAGUCCAUUAUUUUCUUUGGAGUGCCUCAGCUGCUGGUUUUCUGGAAGUCAGGUCAGACUGCAAGGUAGCCACUUGCAGCUAGAUUGAUCAUUUGACAUUAAAAAUGCUGGUAGGAAGGAAAAAGGAAAGACCCCAAACAUGCUAUGCAUGUAUACUAGCAAAUCCUCUUUUAUCAGAGACAGAAAAGGGCAAAGUUAACUAAAUCUUCUGACUUCUGUCUGGACAGCUGCAGAUCCUUCACAUACCUAACUACCCUACUCCUUUAUCCACAGCACAGUGGUCAGCAAGAGUACAGAUUAUCUCAUUUAUUUUGAGAGCCACAGAAGUUUGGUCAGGAGAUGAUGGGCUAAUUGUUGCUGUAGUUGCUGGCUGGGGUGCUCUGCUAAGUGUCAGCCAGGAAGAUGCAGCAAAACUGACAACUACAUGUAAGGGCUGGCUCUUCUUCCUGGGCCUUCCCCUCUCUGUUUCUGUUUCCAGUCCUGCUUUUUAAAAGCUGGUCUUGUGUGUGAUAUGAGAGAGAGGCUGGAGAAGAUGGAUGGAGGGCUUUUUCCUUGAUUUUUGGUCUAGGCAAAAAUGAUACAAGGAAGCCAGCUGGAGGCACUAGGAAGGCUUCCUUAAAGGCAAACCCAAGGCUUCUACAUGGAACUUAGGCGGUCAUUUCAGGAGGAGAUGGAAGGAGGAUACACUUAGACAUUUCCAGCUUUAGGUAAUCCAGCUUUGGAGGCAUGGCUGGUAGUCACUGUCCAGGGCCUGAGGGGUGUGACUGCAGACAAGAGAAAGGCAGAGGAAGGAGGAGUGUGUGCUGCACAAGGGCUACAUCAGGUACAAGAGACAACAGCUACAUGUUACCAGCACUGCUAAGAACUGGCCGAACUGAACUGGCAGACUUUUAUGGAGUUCUUUGGUCUCCCUUCAAAACUCCCUUGGACCAUGAGAUAAGGCCAACCUUUCAAAAUAAGGGUAUCUUCCAGUUUGUCUUUUCUCACUAGGAAGAUGGGGUUAGACCUACAUUUACUGGAAAGAAGGAGGGGCUUCACAGUAAAGGAAAUGCUGAAGACAUCUGUUAUCCAGCCAAAAAUCAAGUCCUUGAAAUGCCUGCCAUUUGAAGAGCAGGAUGAAAAUGUCUGAUGAAGACUGGCCUGGAGGUGUUAGAAGUGUGUAAGACUUGAAACCUUCCAGAAAGAACCCUUUUUCAGCCCCCCUAAUAGUAUACACAAGUGGCUGGAAGGAUGCAAGCAAUUACUAGAAGAUUCUAAGCCUCAAAAGCAACAGUGUGAAGCCUCAAAAGCAAUAGUGUGAAUAUCCCAAAUACGCUCUUUGCUUUCAGGCAUGCUUUAUUAACAUGACAAGUGUUGUUCCUGCAGUACUUCCCAUCCAACCUAUGGGCCUUCUGAUAUUAAGAUGUUUGAAAAAACCAAAAUUUUUGAAGACUGGUAUCUCUUUGGUUAAAUAAUCUCUGUCAUGCAGGUAGUCAAGGUAAGCUCUCAGGAUAAAGCCACUUGGGGACAACAUUACUGAGAAGCAAUUAAGAGAACUAAAGAAGAGGUGAGACAUUGUUACAAACGGGGCAUGUCUGACAAUGUUGGAUCACAGCUUCAAAUUUCAUUCAACAAGUUUAGUGAACUUCUGAUAGAGCUAAGACCUUUCCAACUCGAGGCCCAGCUGUUGAAGGAACAACCAGUGCAGCCAUGCUCUCAAGAAAAUAUUUUCAGGUUACAUACUGAUAGAAAAUACUUCAAGUUCAUGUACAAUUAUAAGUAUUGAGGAAAACAAUCCCAUGGUAGAAGUGAUGAUCAGAGAAAAAUGGCCUAAAGGCUGCAUCUGUAUUAAUAACUUUAUCACAGACAGGAUAUGAAUCCAUGGUGGGAAAUGGUUUCCUGACACUACUUUGGCUUUUAUCAACUAGGGAAGGCACAGGGACAGCUUGAGGAUCUACAGAGAGGGAAAAUUAUCUCCAGUUUCAGAGUCUUGCAUGCCUCAGGAUACUGACACCAUGUACUCUAUUUAUAACCACAGCUGGAUGGCUCAUGUCAGUGACUUUGGACUGGUUUCUAAUGGAUCAGAACAGAGACAGCUGUUAGCACCUGAAGCCUGCCUAGCAGGGGAAAGCUUACUAUGAAAGAAGAAAAGAGGGAGUUUCCCCUUGUGUCAGUUCCCUUCAAUAAAAA